AUGGUUCGUGCACGCGGUCGUGGUCGUGGUCGUGGUCGUGGCCAAGUACGAGAAUGGGAACCAGAAGACGGAGCUGAUUGUUUGGGUUCGUCUGUUUGGAAUGAUAAGGAUACGUCUGGAUCGCCGCGUGCAUAUUUGAAGAGCGACAGCGAAGAUGAAGAUGUAGACGAUGAAGAGUAUGAAGGUGGACACGCGGAUGCGGAGGAUGAAGAGGACACAGAUCAGGAAGAUGCUGAUGAUGACGAUGACGAGGAGGAGGAAGAUGAGUUAGGGUCAGCAUCUGACCUAGCGACGCCUGUGCCUGUUGCCAUGUGGGACUUUCAACAUUGUGAUCCGCGUCGGUGUAGCGGUAAAAAGCUGGCGAGGCAUGGCUUGAUCAAAGAGCUUCGUGUAGGCCAAAAGUUCCGUGGCAUUGUACUGACGCCACAUGCAACACAAGUGCUCUCUCCCUCUGAUACACCGAUACUGCGUGAGUUUGGUGUGGCCGUUGUUGAAUGCAGCUGGGCACGCCUCGAUGAAGUCCCAUUUGGCAAGAUUAAAAGUCCUCAUGAACGUCUAUUACCACGACUUAUGGCGACAAAUCCAGUCAACUAUGGCAAACCAUUCAAGCUGAAUUGUGUUGAGGCCAUAGCAGCAGCUUUUUAUGUCUGUCACGCGCGACCACUGGGCGAUCAGCUCUUGUCCAAAUUCGCAUGGGGCUGCAACUUUCCAGCACUGAAUCAUGCAUACCUUGCGCGUUACCGCGCAUGUCGAAGCAGCCAGGAGAUCGCGCAGGCUGCAGACCAGUUUGCCAUGGAAGAGGAGCAAGAGCGUAUAGAACGGCAACUAGCAAAAACGGAGCUUGGCGGCUAUGGCUCUAUACCACUUCCACCUGUCGAAGACAGUGAGGAUGAAGUCAAGCUUGAUAAUCGUGACGACUGA